CCAUUCUGACAUGUGUCUUCCACGAGCCAGCCCACGACUCCACGGCGCACUAGUGUGCAACUAGGUGCUUGUACUCACGAUAACUCAACUCCCCAUGCACUAAAACACCAUGAAAUUGACGUCGAUUCUCCCUUACUUGGCUGCGCCCGGCAUCGCGCUGGCGCAAUCCGCCCCCGAGACGGUCCCGACGAUCCUCGGGAUCCGUGGAGCUAAUUCAGCGGGUUGCUUCUCCGCUACGAGUCUAAAUCUGGCGCUAAAGCCCGAUAGUUUGAGGGUUGAUUUCGCCGACAUGCGCGCUAGUGUCACCCCGACCGACCCAUACGAUUCCGAAGCUGCGAUAUGUGUUAUGUCUAUUGAACUCGGAGCAUUUCCAUUAGGAUGGCGUUUCGCUUUAUCAGAUGUCACGUAUACCGGACAUGCGAAGCUAAGCGGUGGUGCACGAUUGCAUAGUUUUGCAGCCAACGCUUAUUUUCAAUGGGAACAUCUUAAGAAUAAUGACCCGAUCAAUGAACCGACGAUUAAGAAUGCGUCUGGGUCGUAUCUGAUGGAUGUCCCUGAGAAGAUUGUUGAUUUUGGCCUAACCGGGGUCUAUGACAAGGAAUUCAGUGUUAACAUUCGGAAUGACAACUUGCUUUGGUCGCCGUGCUUUACCGGACAAGAAUACUCCUACGACGACAAGAUGCAAGUCCAGUUCCAGUUCCAAGCGUAUUUGACGAAGGAGGGUUACUCGAAAACAGGAGCGGGUGUCUUCGGUCGACCCAUCAACCCAGCUCUGACCGCCAACUUCAAAUUACUUUGGGAAAAAUGCGAUCCCGCGGAACGUAAUGCUUGGGGACAAUUUCGCAUGGGUGACUACGAGACCUGUUCCCGCAUAGGUCCGACGGAUCCAUCACAAGGAGAGCCGACUGUCAAGUGGUAGAUAGCUGCGCAAAACCAGUAAAUAUGGCAGAUACUUCUAUCCAAGAGCUGAACUUCGAGUAUAAGGAUGAUGGCAAUUAUUAACAGAGGCGUUGGGUAUACCAUUAAUAGAAGAGUUUAUGUACCUUCAAUAUGCACAUCAUAGUGUGUAAGCGGUUU